CAGCCAGCUGGCAACCAUGAGUGAAUGGAUGAAGAAAGGCCCCUUAGAAUGGCAAGAUUAUGUUUACAAAGAGGUCAGGGUGACAGCCAGUGAGAAGCACGAGUAUCAAGGCUGGGUUUUAACUACAGACCCAGUCUCUGCCAAUAUCGUCCUUGUGAACUUCCCUGAAGAUGGCAGCAUGUCCGUGACUGGAAUUAUGGGUCAUGCUGUGCAGACUGUUGAAACUGUGACUGAGGGCGACCAUCGAGUGAAGGAGAGACUGAUGCAUUUGUUCACGUCUGGAGACUGCGAAGCAUACAGCCCCAAGGAUUUGGAAGAGAGGAAGGCCAGCCUGAAGCAGUGGCUGGAGAAGAACCACAUCCCUGUCACGGAGCAGGGAGAGGCACAGAGGACGCUCUGUGUGGCGGGGGUCCUGACCAUAGACCCACCCUAUGACCCAGAGAACUGCAGCAGCUCCAAUGAGAUCAUUUUGUCCCGUGUUCAGGAUCUUAUUCAAGGACAUCUUGCAGCUUCCCAGUGAGAGGCCAAGAACUGCGGAGUCGCUGAUUGAAAUUGACUUCUUUUUUUUUCCAUAAAAUGUUUUUACUGUAAGUUCGUCCUAUUACAGGACUUUAAAGGCAUGUGA